ACUGACGAAGAAUACGAAACCGGUCUACAUUAAUAAAUCAUAUACUAUUUUCAUUUCGUAUUGGUUGACACUACACAUUUGAUCUUUGGUUGCUAAGACAAACUAGCUGUAUAAAAGAUAUACCUUCCAAACUGGGAUCUAGGUUUGAGCUAAUCUAAAGUCAGCUUAAAGAGAAAAUCUCAGGCCAAUUCGAGAAUAAACUGAAUUCUCAAGGCCAGUCUCAGAUUGAACUAGGCCAAACUCAGAUUCAUGUUGUCCUCAUAUCAAACUCAGAUGACUUGUUGACCAUUACAAGUUUUAAUAAAGAUAGAUAAGAACUCUCUUACAACAUUCUGUUCGCAGUUUAUUGUAAUUGUUUAACAUGGGUGAUAAUUUACAAGAAAUAGUGACAUUGGAAUAUGAUUGAAUAAAUGUCCUUUGAUCACCAAAGUCUUCAGCAUGCAUCUCACAUUUUUAUUUCUCAACAAGUAUAAUGUACAACACAAACAUAUUCAUUGAAAUUUUAACCAAAUGAACAAUAAAGCUGUGCUAACUUUCUUGGGACGUCCUUUUGCUUUUCGUUAGCCUAAUGGGUGAAUACCUGUUUUAUCGCUAACUUGAUACAAGUUAAAUAAAUUGCUAAUCCACCACAAUGCUUACACGAAUAUACUAAUAAUGGUACAACAAGCCGAGCGAUAAACACGUCAGGUUAGCGAUAGAACACGUAUUCAACCGUUAGGCAAACGAAAAGCAAAACGGCGUCCCAAGAAAGUUAGUACAGCUUUAUUGUUCAUUUGGUUAAGAUUUCAAUGAAUAUGUUUGUGUUGUACAUUAUAUACUUUGUUGAGAAAUAAAAAUGUGAGAUGCAUGCUGAAAAAUUUGGUGACCAAACGUAUCUUUUUUUGGUGAUCAUUUGUAUCUAAAUAUGUUUGGUGAUCAAAAAAAUUGAUAGCCAAUAUGAUUUACCAACAGUUAUUAUUGAUAGUGAGAAAGAUGUUAAAAACGAUAUUGUACUCAAUGAUGAAUAUACGACCGACCCACGUGAUGGUAAUGACAAUAGCAAUGAUAAUAGGGAAAAAACAUCCAAUGCUAAAGUUGAAGAUUAUAAAAAUCUUCAAUAA